CUUGUUGUCAGAGCAACUCGCCAUAGUUACGGAUUAAAGGCGCGCUAUUUUUUUUCUCACUUUUGAGAGGACAAAGGGUUGCAGUUGUCAUGGCAAACGAUGGCAAACUGUACCAAGUUAGCAACGUUGUUGGAAGAAAGGAAGUAAAUGGCCGAACAUUUUACAAGGUUCAAUGGGCUGGGUACAGUAGUGACAACGACUCCUGGGAGCCAGAAGCUAACCUUUCCAACUGUAAAAGCUUGGUGGAUUCUUUUCUAGCGAGCGAAGGAAAAAUGGUGACUCGUUCAGGAACAGCUAUUACUCCAGUUACAGUGUUGUCGAGUGCUGAUGAAACUGAUGGUGGGUCAAGUACACCUCGUUCGAGAAGGAAACGUCGUAGUGUAUCACGUGGUAGAUAUAGGAAGUCAGCUAAUCAAUCUCCUAAAACUGUUGUUUCUAAAAUUCGAAAGCCGGCUGCUACGACACCAAGGCGAAAACCACAACGCCACUUCACUACAAGAGAUCUUACACCUUCUCGAUAUUACUUACGUAGUUCUACUAUAACACAGAGACCACCACUUCAUACUUCAUACAUCUCAAGUGAUGACGAGGAGACUACUACAGUACCAACUGGGCCAAUUCAAAGAUUGAGUAGAAGAGAUUUGCAUGAUGAGGUAGCUCCUCCUGUAUCAACCAAACUAUCUAAGCCUAAGCCUCAAGCUAAACCCGAGUCACCAGCUUGGUUGCAUCUUGGAGUAGCAGAGAUGGUGCUUUGUCUGUUAAUUCUUGCGCUUGUUUUGGCAUCAUUUUGGUAUCUUCAGUUCUAUUUAAAAGUUACUUCUUCCACAUGAAAUGACUAUAAUAGUUAAAGCUUUUUAUGGCAUAUAUUAGUCAUUAUUUUCCUUAUUUUAUAACCUUGCUAAAUUUAGUCCUUUUGAUUUUAGUUCUUUGAUUACACAUUAACGAUAAUUGUGAUACUCAUUAUUUUUUAAUAAUUACAAGCUUUACAAUAAGAAAUUUUUAUGACUAUGCAACUAGAUUUUGGGCAUAUUUUGGUUGUAAUAACACUUAAAACUCUCAUUACAC